AGAGCACUCAGAUGGCUCCUCAUCCGAUAGAUCUGACCGAAACGCCGAUGCGUGUCUUGCUCGUGGAUGGCAACGCAAUGCACCUGGAAGCAGGUGAGGUUGGCCGUUGCAGAGCUCAACCUGCUGAAGGAGAAGUCGCCAACAGAUUUGCUUGCGGCUGUGGAAACAGAGGCUCUCAAAGUGGCACAAGAAGUGGAAAAUACUGAGCAGGAUUUGGCCGCAAAACGAUCGUUGGCUUUGGCCGAAGCGACCCUGCUGGCUGCUGGGCCGGGAGAAGACUUCAAGUCUGCAUUGCAGCAGGCCCAGGAGCAGGUGAGGGGUGCGAGUGUGACUGGCGCCGAAGGAGCAAGCUUGGAUGUUGAGCUGCUUCAGCUAGAAGCCUUGGCAGCCUUGACAAGAAGGUCGCCCAGAGCCUUCCGAGCAGCCGUCCCGGCCGUCGCUGUCCCUGUGAGCUCUCAGAUGCCAAAAGUCUUGGCGUUGGACUCGAUUGCCUCGCGCUUGUGCGACGACUUUGACAAUGCCAUCGGAACCGCGCAGCAACUGAUUGAGCUCCACCGCGGACAGGUUGAUUUGGAGUGUUGGGGCGAGGUGUUGCUGUCCAGCGCGGCCUUGGCACGGGCCUCCUGCCAUUUCCAUCGUAACGGACCGCCUUCACCUACUCCGCCUGGUCGGCCGCCGGGUUUCUCAAUGACGCCCUUGGCCGGGAUGUACUUGGAGGAUCUCAAGCGAGCUCAUGCGGCGGCCGAGCGGGCCUUUGCGCUGUCCUCGCGGAGUUACAGAGUUUAUGCGCUGCAGAGACUAUGUGAGGUCAUGUCGUUGAAAGGCCUGGCGACGGAGGCGGAGGCCUUGGUACAAAGGGAAAUCAGAAACGCUCGGGCGGCGAAAGUCCCUCAGAUGGAGUGUGGUGCCUUGGUGGCGCUGGUGUUGCUGGAGCCGAAGACCUUCACUGAAGAAGUUUUGGGGCGUUUGAAGACCUUGAAAGAAAGCGAGAAAGCGCAGAUGGAGGUGGCACUGCUGGCCGCGCAGCAUGUGACUUCCGAUGAGGCUGUCUCCUAUCUCCAGCAUGCGCUCUCCCUGGCCCGGCAAUGUCGAGACUUCUUGCGAGAGGCCGAAGCGCUACAACAGCUUACAGAGCUGCAUGAGAGGAUGGGCUUGUGGCCGCCUCGCUCCGAGUGGCGUAGUGCUUGCAUCUCAAAGCUUCGUGCAGCCUCGGAGGAGUCGGUGCAGCAGCAAACACUGCAGCCGUUGCUGGAUGCGCUGCACACGGUGGAGGAUGCUGGAUUCCGAGUAGAGGAGCUGCUUCACCGGAAGGAUCUUCAGCAGGUACGCCCUGAUGUCCAGAAGCAACAAACGAGGCCACUGCUUCAAUCCCGUCCAAUGCAGACUGGUGGCUCAGGGCCAAAGCCGAGGUCCGUCCUGUCGUCGCGGCUGCUGUUGCAGAACGUGAACCAGGUUUGACUGAGGGGAAUUGGCAAGGUGUUCAGCCCCUGUCGAUGGUUGAGGUGGUCAAGGAAGAGCUCUACCGUGAUGUGAGAGUGGGCGGUGUUCAGUAUGGCCCGCGCUAUCGGCAGGUCCAAGGUUUUCGACCUCCGUUGAAGCUGAUGAGCUCAGGAAAGCCAGCAGUGGUGGGCGUUUUGCGGCCAUCAUCAGAAGCGGAGGAGUGGGAAACACGAACGUGGGAUUGGGCUCCACCGUUGGUCGACGCAGCUGCCCACUCAUCGUUUUUGUUUGGACAAAAAGGAGCUGGAUGAUGACAAACAUGGCACUUGUCGCGGCAGUGUGCUCAAGUUGGACUGUGCA